GACAAUAAGGAGAGGGAGAAGACAGAGGGGGUGGAGGAGCAGAAGAGAGAGAGAAGAAGAUGCUUCAAUGUGGAAAGUCAGAGAAAAGCUGAGUGUGGCAGAAGAAAGUUGACGUGGUGUAACUGCAGCAAGGCCCUUCUUAUCUCCGUGCGAGGGGAGAGAUUGAGCGGGAUGCGAGAGGAAAUGUAUUGGGAAAACGGGAGCCUUUGACUAAGCAUGCACGUUUAAUGCUGCCAGGUUGCACAGGUGUAUUAACAGCUACAUCCACAUGCAUUCACAGCCGCAUAGGAACCGCUGAUGGGAUACUGACAAGUUUGACUGUAACUCCGCGCACACGUCCCACUCCCACACAAACACGAGUGCUCGUAUUUAGCUAUACGCUGAAAUGUACACGCUUUCUGCACCCUCCCACGUGAAAAGGCGAGCAGAACAGCGCAGGAUCCCUGUGUAACAGCAUCCAGCCCUGUGGACUUGUUAAAACUGGGACACUGGAUUCCACCGGGACUCACCUCGAGGACAGGACGCAGUUUCCGACGUUAAGACAUCAACGUCCUCACUGGCGAUCUGGAUAGAGAGAUUCCUCGUCCUUAUCUAUCCUGAAUGAAACCCUCUUAAGGUGGAUGCUAAGCAUUAAAAUUGCAUGUCCCAGUGGAGAGCUGCCAUACCAAGUAGCCAACCCGCAGCAAUAAAUCAACACUAGAGGACUUUUAUUUCUUCAUUAUCGCUUCCUGCAGCAACAACAAAGGAACAGGCAUGUUCACAGGCCUGUUGACCUGCGGAUGUGCGCCAUAGGAUUCUAUUUUUGGAGCCUCAUUGCUUUUACAGAUUAACUGCCCUCAAAUAUGGCCCCAAUCCGUUUGUUGCUCCACUAGUUUGACUGCUGCCGGAGGUUGUGUAUAUUCAUGCUUCAGAACGCCCCACUGUGUGACAGUUUAGUCAUCUGAAGGGGCAUUGCCAUUUACUUCUUUUUGAAAGCAGUUUCAGUCCACUUUUUUCACACCCUUCAAAGGAACAAACACUUUGCUGUAUGUAAUGUAAUGAAAGCUUUUAAGUUAUUCUUGUCAACUCCUAACUAAUUGCCCUCUUUCAUUGUGUAACUGAGGAAAGAUUGACAUCUGAAGCUUUUACACCAUUGCCAAGUCAGUGUGCUUAGAUUAGUGCUUCAUAUUUUAUUGAAAGAGUUUUUCAAUCACACUACAAUCACACUGAAUUUCCAUUGCACGUUAUUUUCAUUAACCUGUCUAGGACUAAUCGAGAUCUUUCAUCGUCGGAUUUGAGAUUUUCAUAGUGCGUGAACGCAAAAGUAGCUACCGUUAGCAAAUACAAACUGACUCGGUCAUGUGAAAUGGAAGACACAGGCCAAAGCCUGAACCAUCAAGUCCUUAAAGAAUUGUUUAUGACAUGUGAAGAGAGGACAUUUUUGAAUUAUCCAGCGUCACUCCAGCUGAACAUUUCACAGGACAAAGCUACCACUGCUUGUUUCACUCUGACAUAAAUCUGGCAUGCUUUGUUGGCCCCAGGGCCAAGCCCUAUAACAAGAGAAAAAUUAAAGAAUAGGAUUAAAGAUGGAUUAUCACUGAAAUACUAAAGCCAGCAAAGCAGCUGCCUUUGCAUACUGUAAGCCCAUUGGACUCUCUUCAGGGAGAAGCUCUGCAGACCGAUUUGUAGAUUGCAUUUGGUUGUUGAUGUGGUCACCUAUUGGGUGGCUGGUAUUAAAAUGAUGGAGAAUCUAGAUGAGCUGGAGCACCCUCUUCUGGGAGAAAGUGCCAAUAACAACUGGGGACCAGGGCCGGGGCUGGGACCUGGAACUGGACAGGCCCCAGGUGGGCUGUUCAAGGGAAUCUUGGUUAAGUGUGAGGAGGACAGGGCCUACCCUCCAUUAGCAUGGAGGGGCUAUUGUGGACAUCCCCCUGAGCUUCAGCAACAGCAACUACUGGAUCCUUGCUCCUUACCACGCACACUGGAGUCCUUUUACCCAGCAGCCCCCAUUUGGGGCCAUACAGAUGCCCUGCUCAACAAAGACUACUUGGAGACCACGUUUGUGGAUAUUCGGCCAGGCUCAACACUGGAGAGGAAGCUGCUGGCUGAGACGCAAGACUUCCACAGUGCAUCCUACAGCAUGGACGAUGAGGAUGACCUGCUCCCUGACUCUGAUGACUCAUCCAUCGAUGAUUUUAGUGAUACAGACAGUGAGAACAACUUCCCUCUGAUGAUCCCUCAGGACUACCUGGGUCUGGCCUUUUUCUCCAUGCUCUGCUGCUUCUGGCCCCUGGGCAUCGCUGCCUUCUAUCUUUCACAGAAGACCAACAAGGCAUCGGCUCAGGGGGAUUUUCAGGGGGCCAACGCAGCGUCUCGCCAGGCUCUCUGGCUCUCGGUGCUCUCCAUCGUGUUUGGAAUCAUAACGUACAUCUGUGCCAUCGCUGCGUUGAUUUCCUACCUGUCUGCAAAACCACCAUAAAAGCAACUCUUUCACACGGACACGCAUACAAAAGACUGACCUCUCACAUAUUUCAUGAAGAUCAACACAUGCCAACAUAUCACCGUUAAAUGUCAAAUAAUCACAGUGUUUGUCUGUCGACUUGUCUGAACUCAUGUUUCAUCUACACCAAGCUGAAAAGCUGCGAGGUGGGACACUGAAAACAGAAGCUGGGAGCUGGUGUGUCGUUUAUAAUCGCUUUGGGAUUAUAAAAAGAAAAAUCAGCUCAAAGGAUGUUCUGAGCACAUGAAGAAAAAUCAUUGAAAAAGCAGUCUGUUACUUGUUUAGUGAUUUGAAGACUUAAGUUACCUUCUGUUAAAUCUGUGCUGUAGUUGUCAUCAUAUGUGAAGCAUUACUGAAGUAAAAAAAAAGAAAAGAAAAACAGAAAUUCACAUUUUUCCACAGCACUGUAGAUAUCAGCGUUACAAACAAUGGAUGAAUAAUAAGAAGCAGAGGGGAUAUGUGUCAUUGUCUGGCUGGGAGGAGCUAAGUGGAGGGCAGUAUACGAUUAGAUGGAGUCUGCAGAUUUAUGAGAGGUCACAGCAAGGACGUGGCAGCAGAUAAAUCCCAAUGGACACUGUGGGAGGGCCUGAGCCAGCACUGUCACUUGAGGGGUGAAAGCUGGUGAUGAUGUUUUAAAGCAUACGAUGAGCCAGAAGCAAUAGUCCUCGGGAGAGCCCAGAGUUCCUCGCUGACGUGAGGGACCCCCGAGGGAAAUACUACACGUGAACAUCGAUAAGCUCAUCCUGGUUUCACACUGCUUCAGUCACUGUUUACUGACAGAAAGGACUGCCUCUGCUUUGUUUAUACCAAGCUGAAUCAUUAUCUUCAUGUUGAAAUACACAAAACACUAAAUAACUAACGCACAGAGUGUAGUUGCUGGUAUAAGAAUAUACGUUCACGACUUUUAAAAUUAAAUGCAAAACUCUGAGGUAGAAAAUGGACUCAAGAUAUAGACAUUAAAUUUUAUCCUCUAUAUAUACACAGGGUUAAGAAACCAUAAUAUAUACAGCGGAGUGAAGAGCUGGAAAAAGUGCCAAAAAUAUAGAAGAAACUCUGAGGAUGAUCCUUUUAUCAGCUAUUCCAUUAUUAGAAGCAGCCAGGCUGUUCACACCCUGCUCCUCAAAUAUAGAUUCUGCUAUUUUCUCCACCAAAAAUAGAACUGACAUCUUCAGGAGCUUGCUUCUAGCAGUAUGACUGACUUUUAAAAAGAAAAAGUCUACUCAAAACCUAUGUUCAAAAACACACAAACGCUUUAUUUAAAUGGGCCAAAAAAAGUUGCAAAAGUUGUGAUGCAUGUGUCAAUAACAUCCCACGUUUGGUCAUAAGAAAACCCUGCAUGGUGAGCUUGUUGGUUUCCUGCUGCAAACUUUGUUUCCUUCAAUUGGAUCAAUAGUGUUGCAAAAAGAGCUUGGAUUGACUGGAAAAGCUCUGAGCCUUUGACUACAUAGUAAAUGGGGGGGUAUCCAAGUAAAUGUAAAGAAAUGACUAAGGUGAAAGCUGACAUUUUCUAUUUAGAUAAACAGUUUUAUAGAGUACACAGCUCAAGUACAUAUAAAAUACUAUGUUUACUGCAAUCCCAGUGUUGUAUGAAAGCUGAUAAUAGAUCACUUUUAACUGAUUUUAGUAGACAAACCUCUGGUAUCUCCGUGUCUUGCCCUUGUCAGCUCUCUCAUUGUCGAUGCACUGUGAUUCAGCUGCUCACAACAAUUCUGACAAUCCUGAACUACCGUCUGUCUCCACUGUACCCUCAUUUUAAUAGAAGAAAAAACAAACCACAACUUGUUGUUACAGCUGAGUUACGUCAAUUAUUGAUUUAUAUGGAGGCAUUUAACGUGGAUUGCUCCGAACGAUGAGGCUGUCAUGCGACAGGCUCUGCUCAGGUUUGACUCGCUUUGCGUCACUCGUAGGGAUAGUAAGCGGACACAGUGAACAAGUCGUGCGAGUCGAUGAAGUUCAAAGGUUGCAGCAAAUGGAUUUAUUACUACAAGAAAUAUUCAGGGUUUUUCUUUUCCCCAGGUCACAUCCUUGUAUUAAAUGUAUAUAUUAAAGUGAAAGAAAAUCAGCAAAUCCCAAUAAAUGCACUUGUUUGACAUUCAUCUUUCCUCCUUUCAUUUCUGAUUUCUCACAAAUGUGCUCAUAUAAGCCUUCCCACCAUAAAGCACAGCUGACUACAACUGAAGUGAAGAAAUUGUAGCCCACAGGGGUUUCUAAAUAUUUUAUUACAACAUCAGUGUUUGCAUGCAUUGUUAAAAUAAUAAUAAAAAAAAAAA